AAAAACAAUUCCAAAGAUCCUCUCCUCCUCUAUUCGGCAAUUUUCCUGGAAACUUCCUCUCUAACUUUGACACAGUUUCUCCGGUGAUGUUCUCCGCCGGAGACGCCUCCUCCGGCGACUUGGAGUUUCUGAGCGACGAUGACGCGUGGUACAAUGCGACCGUGAAACUCCAAGGCAAGGUUCUUAGGGUCAGUUAUUGCGAGUUCUCUGAGGAACAUGACAAUGUCUUCGACGCCGAUCAUUUCCAGAGCUUAUCGGAGUUGAGCGUCUUCGAAGCUAGGUUUCGGCCUAUGUCCAGACAGUUGCAGGAUUAUGAAUGCCCUAACGUCCACCCUGGAAUGCCCGUUUGCGCUUCAUACUCCUCUCGAGCCGAUGAUGUUCGCUUCUACGACGCUCUUGUGGAAGGGGUGGAUUAUCUUGAACACUCUUAUGCAAAUGGAGAAGAAGAAUGCUUAUGCAACUUUAUCCUUUUAUGGCAGCGUGGUCCAAACUCUGGGAAUUUGACAAUUGCCAGUAUUGCUAACAUGUGUCAAAUUCAAUUUGAUAAAAUUAAUGACACAGUGUUAGCGACCUUCUUCAGAAAAGUUAGGGAGAAAAUCGAAACCAGAAUGAAUAGAGGUAAUAUCUGUUCUGAAGAUCACUUUCCCACCCAUAAUGGCGGUGGUGCUUGUCAGAAGGAUGACUGCAGCCUAAAAUUAAAGCACCGGCUUUCCUUUUUUGAACGCAUGGACCAGGAAACACGACGUGCCAAGCGUUCUUCUGGGGACGUAGAGCCAUGGGAAGACCAACUGUCUCUCAGUUCCAGAAAGCGUGAGGUAAUCGAGCAAGAUACUGAUAUUGGUGGAAUGAAGUAUCAGUACAUGAUUUUACUUGAGAACCUAGAUAAGGGAUUGGCUCCCCUAAAACUUGCCAAAUUCUUAUAUGAAGAAACUUUGAUCUUACCUCGAGUAUACAUCUUCCCAAGCUUAACAUUUGAGUUAUAUGCAAGGGGAGCUGUUGUAAUGAAUUGCAGAAAGAACCUAAAGAGAUUGUAUGAUUUUUUGGACAGUCCAGAUCAUGUCAUUUUAUCCUCCCAAGGAAGGCCCUUGGUAGUAACUGGAAAAAUAGCAAGGCACGAAACUUUUGGGACAUUGGCGGCCGGGGCUAUGGUUCUAGACUCUGAAAAUAAAUUUGGUAAUGAAAAAGAUGGGAGGGCGUCUUGUGAGCUGAAGGUUGUGAAAGUAGGAACAAACGAGUAUUUGACUGCAAAGCACAUGAAGGAAUUGUUCGUGGAGUUUCUUAGCCAUCAAAGGGGAUUACAACAAAGAUUGGCCAUGGAGGAGAGCAAGAUAUAUUGCAAUGGUGCUUUGCAAUAAAAAGUGUAAAAUCAAUCAUAUGUUAGUUGGAUAAGGUUCUUGUUUUUGUGGAAAGAAAAAUACUUCGUGUGUACAUUUUACAUUGUGGAUAAUGGUGUAGGCUGUGGAAACCACUUCAACUUUUUGUGUAGGCCUUCCCCUUGUUGAAUUCAUGUAGGAUUUUGUCUGUAUAGAAAGAAAUUAACAAUUAGAUGUACUCAUUAGUCAUGGAAAAUUUGGUUUCCCCAAACUCCAAGGGCUAAUUUGCUCAUGAAAUGGAAUGACUUAUUAUAGAUUUUGAUUGGAA